AUGUCAGAGUAUGAAAGUCUGGGUCAUAUGGAGAAAUGUGAGAAUGAUAAUUUACCACGUAAGAUGCAUUUUAUACCACAUCACGGUGUGCUUCGGGAAAGUAGUACUACUACUAAAUUAAGAGUCGUUUUCAAUGCUAGCAGUCCGACUUCUUCGGGUGUUUCCUUGAAUAAUAUACAGAUGGUAGGUCCCGUGGUACAGGACGACCUUUUGUCCAUUCUUUUACGCUUUCGGCUACACAAAUACGUUCUCACAGCUGAUGUUGAGAAAAUGUACCGGCAAAUAGUCAUUCAUCCCGAUGACCGCUAUUUGCAACAAAUGUCUGGCGUGAUAACCCUUCAGAACAGCUUCAAGCUUAUCAACUUAACACCGUGA